AUGAGCAGCAGCGAACCGAAGCCAGGCCAGAAUCUGGCCGGGAGCAAGAGACGCAGUCUCUCCGGUCAGGGAGGCUUGCUGAACAGAAUGUUCGGCAGCUCCAACCCGAAGGACAACAAUAACGUUCCCGUAUCAGCCGUCGAGAUCAGCCAGAGUGACGGCACGCAGAGUAGUCCGAGUGCAUCUCAAAAUCCUAUGGGAGCGGUUGAGGAGAGCAAAGACGAGACUCCAGGUGAUAUGCGAAGUCCCACGAGGACAUCUACCGAUAUGUCGAGCGCCGAGAAGAAACGCAGAAGUAGUGGUGUUGGCCGAGCUCGCGAUUUAUUCAGCAGCGCGAAGCAAUCGUUGCGAGACGGUCUCAGUAACUCAUCGCCUGAGCAGAGCCGUGCGGACAGGACGCCCCAGACGCCUAUGCAGAAGCUGGCGAAGACCGAUCCGGCGCUUGGUGUGCUGCAAGGCUCGGCUAACAACUCUGCUGGCGAGUCUGUACCCGGACCACGAUCCACAUUCCGUGUGGGUGUGACCGAGGACAAGAACAAGAAGUGCCGCCGAACGAUGGAGGACACUCAUGCUUUCCUCUACAACUUCCUGAGCACCCCGGCGCCAUUACUCGGCUCGGAAGCAUCGAAUAAGAACCGCAGCUCUCUUGAGACUGGAUCUGUGCUGUCCAACACUAGCAGUCAGGACGUGGUAGAAACAGACAACGGCUACUUCGCCGUCUUCGACGGACAUGCGGGUACCUUCGCAGCAGAUUGGUGCGGUAAGAAGGUACAUCUCCUGCUGGAAGAGGUCAUCCGCAAACAUCCGAACAGUCCUAUUCCGGAGCUUCUAGAUAUGACCUUUACGUCUGUUGAUCAGCAGCUGGAAAAGUUGCCCCUUAAAAAUAGUGGUUGCACUGCCGCUGUCGCAGUCCUGCGCUGGGAGGACCGGAUACCGAACUCGCAGUCUGCUACAGGGUCAACUGCUAUUGCGCCUGCUGCAGCUGCCGCGGUCGACUCUGAUAAACCUGCUGACGGUUCAGAAGUUGGUGCGACGGAGACAAAGCUUCGUCAAGCUGCGACACGCCAGCGUGUGCUCUACACUGCAAACGUGGGCGACGCACGUAUUGUCUUGUGCCGUAAUGGCAAGGCUUUGCGAUUAUCCUACGACCACAAGGGCAGCGACGAGAAUGAAGGCAAACGAAUUGCUGGCGCGGGUGGCUUGAUCUUGAACAACCGUGUGAACGGCGUGCUUGCGGUAACUCGUGCGCUUGGCGAUGCAUACAUGAAGGAUCUGGUCACUGGGCAUCCUUACACAACUGAGACUGUUAUCCAGCCCGACAUCGAUGAGUUCCUCAUCUUGGCUUGCGAUGGCCUCUGGGAUGUCUGCACGGACCAAGAAGCUGUCGACCUUGUCCGCCAUACACAAGACCCACAGCAUGCGUCGAAACAGCUUGUCGAGCACGCACUGGCCCGCUUUUCCACCGAUAACCUCUCCUGUAUGAUGGUCCGCUUUGACAGCAAAGCAGUGCAGCAGACGGUGGCCCGUGAAGUCGAGCCCAUCGGUGUCGAAGGCGACCCAGCGACAAAGAGGGGUGGAGUCAGUGAAGCUGAGGCUCUCGUGGCUGAAAGUCAGCACCAGCUUGAAGCUAGCGGAGAGAAGCUUGACCAUAUCCCGACCAAGGAGUUGAUGGAGGGUCAUGAGCAGGGUGUCGUUGAGCCGGGUCCUGAGUUGAAUCCCGAGGCCUUGCAGAAGGCUAGGAAAGAUGGCGGUGCGCCGGUGGCGGAGGGUAGCCUAGAGGAUGGCAGUAAUUGA